AUGAGUGUGGAAGAUAUUAAAAAGGCUAGAGCCGCUGUUCCAUUCAGCAGAGAACAGCUUGAAAGUAUUUUGAGAGGGAGAUUCUUUUAUGCCCCAGCUUUUGACUUGUACGGUGGUGUUUCCGGUUUGUACGACUAUGGUCCACCUGGUUGUGCUUUCCAAAACAAUAUCAUUGAUGCGUGGAGAAAGCACUUUAUCCUAGAAGAGGACAUGUUAGAAGUUGACUGUACUAUGUUGACCCCAUAUGAAGUGUUGAAGACAUCUGGUCAUGUUGAUAAGUUUUCUGACUGGAUGUGUAGAGAUUUAAAGACCGGUGAAAUCUUCAGAGCUGACCAUUUGGUGGAAGAGGUUUUGGAAGCCCGUUUAAAAGGUGAUCAGGAAGCUAGAGGCGUAGUCGAAGACCCCAAUGCCGCUGCCAAGGAUGACGCUGAAAAGAAGAAAAGAAAGAAGAAGGUUAAGCAAAUCAAGGCUGUUAAAUUAGAUGAUGACGUUGUCAAAGAAUACGAAGAAACUUUGGCCAAGAUUGACGGUUACUCUGGUCCAGAAUUAGGCGAUUUGAUGGAAAAAUACGAUAUUGGUAACCCAGUCACUGGUGAGACUUUAGAACCACCAAAAGCUUUCAACUUGAUGUUUGAAACUGCUAUCGGCCCAUCUGGACAAUUGAAGGGUUACUUGAGACCAGAAACUGCCCAAGGUCAAUUUUUGAAUUUCAACAAAUUGUUAGAAUUUAACAAUAGUAAGACUCCUUUUGCAUCUGCUUCUAUCGGUAAAUCAUUCAGAAAUGAAAUUUCUCCAAGAGCUGGUCUAUUGAGAGUCCGUGAAUUUUUGAUGGCUGAAAUCGAACAUUUCGUUGAUCCAUUGGAUAAAUCCCAUCCAAAAUUCAAUGAAAUCAAAGACAUUAAGCUUUCCUUUUUACCCCGUGACGUCCAAGAAGCUGGUUCUACUGAACCAAUUGUAAAGACAAUUGGUGAAGCCGUUGCUUCAAGGAUGGUUGAUAAUGAAACUUUGGGUUACUUUAUUGCUAGAAUUUACCAAUUCUUAAUGAAAAUUGGUGUUGACGACUCCAAAUUAAGAUUCCGUCAACAUAUGGGCAAUGAAAUGGCACAUUAUGCUGCCGACUGUUGGGAUGGUGAACUGAAAACCUCCUACGGCUGGAUUGAAUGUGUUGGUUGCGCCGACAGAUCUGCCUAUGAUUUGACCGUUCACUCCAAAAAGACCAAAGAAAAAAUGGUCGUUAGACAAAAAUUAGAAAACCCAAUUGAAGUCACAAAAUGGGAGAUCGAUUUGACAAAAAAACUAUUUGGUCCAAAAUUCAGAAAAGAUGCACCAAAGGUUGAAUCACACUUAUUGAAUAUGUCGCAAGAUGAUCUAGCCGCCAAAGCUGCAUCUUUAAAGGCCGAUGGUAAGUUUACUGUAAAAGUCGACGGCGUUGAUGGCGAAGUCGAGUUGGAUGACAAAUUGGUUAAGAUUGAACAGAGAACAAAGGUUGAACACGUCAGAGAAUACGUUCCAAGUGUUAUUGAGCCAUCUUUCGGUAUUGGCCGUAUUAUUUACUCCGUUUUUGAACAUUCUUUCUGGAACAGACCUGAAGACAAUGCCAGAGGUGUCCUUUCUUUCCCACCUUUAGUUGCCCCUACAAAGGUCUUGUUGGUUCCCCUAUCCAAUCAUAAAGAUUUAGUUCCUGUUACCACCGAAGUUUCCAAGAUUUUGAGAAAAUCUCAAAUUCCUUUCAAGAUUGAUGACUCUGGUGUUUCCAUUGGUAAAAGAUAUGCCCGUAACGAUGAAUUAGGUACCCCAUUCGGUGUCACCAUUGACUUCGAAUCAGCUAAGGAUCAUUCCGUCACUUUGAGAGAAAGAGAUUCUACCAAGCAAGUUAGAGGUUCUGUUGAAGAUGUGAUUGAAGCCAUCCGUAAUAUCACUUACAAUGGUAUAUCUUGGGAAGAAGGUACCAAGAAAUUGGCUCCUUUUGUAUCUCAAGCAGAAACUGAAACUGAAACUGAGUAA